AUCACGGAAAUGUGGAGUGUUUGUUAUGAUCCGGUGGGCUGCAGUGUCCUGUCCUGCGUGGACUGUUGCACCUUCGCAGUCUGUGAGGCUAACAGUGAAAUUCACGAUAGCAACGGGACACAAUGGGUACCGAACAGUAACCGGAUUAAAAUGGCGCGGACAUUAGAAACGGGAAGAAAAAAAACUUUCUAUCAUCGAGUUUCCGAGUUGGGAUUUUUAAGUCGCUUUUAAUUUGCAGAUCCAUUUUUAAACCGAUUUCACUGUUCAAAAAAAAGUGCGGACAAUGAAGCUGAAGGGACGGUCGCUGCUGUUUCUGCUACUGCUUUUGGGAGGAGAAAUUCUUCAGGGCAGGGCUGGCAGCUCGGUGACGCUCCCAGAAACCCUGCUGUUCGUGUCCACGCUGGACGGAAACCUCCAUGCGGUCAGCAAGCAGACCGGCGCCAUCAAGUGGACCCUGAAGGAAGAUCCCAUCAUCCAGGUCCCGGUGUAUUUGACUGAGCUGGGCUCACAUUGUGCCAACAUGUGGCUCCAGAGAGCCAGUCUGUGUUGGGGGCUCACCAGGGCCUGGGCAGCAGACCCAGAUAAUGAUGAAGCGAUUCGGUACAGUGUAAUAAGGGGGGAGUGUGGAGGAGGUGUGCAGGUAACUCGCAGGCUGUUUCUCUCUGUGCAGAAGCUGCCGUUCACCAUCCCAGAGCUGGUGCAGUCCUCCCCGUGCCGCAGCUCUGACGGAGUCCUCUACACAGGGAAGAAGCAGGACUCGUGGUUUGUGGUCGACCCCCAGACUGGACAGAAACAGACCAGCCUGACCACCGGCUCCUCGGAUUCCAUCUGCCCCUCCGCCCCCCUGCUCUACAUCGGACGCACAGAGUACGUGAUCACCAUGUACGACACGAAGUCACGCGAGCUCCGCUGGAACGCCACCUACAAUGACUACUCUGCCCCUCUGUGGGACGACAAGUACGACUACAAGAUGGUGCACUUUGCGUCCAGUGGGGAUGGGCUGGUGGUGACAGUGGACCGGGACUCUGGCGACGUGCUUUGGAUGCAGAACUAUGGCUCCCCUGUGGUGGGGGUGUACCUGUGGCUGCAGGACAGCCUGCGGCGGGUCUCCCACCUCAACCUGGCCAUGGAGACCCUGCGCUACCUCACCUUCACCUCCCAGCACGUCCACACGAUGAAGUGGAGCUACCAGUUCGUCAGGGAGCAGGCCAGCACCAAGACACAGCUCAUGCCCAGCCUGUACGUGGGAAAGUUCGACUCGCAUUUCUACGCCUCGACGGCGCUGGCAUGA